GUGUGCUAUCAACGGCAGACAUCAGCCGCUCUCCAUAAGUACGCGUAUUCUCCUCCAGGCGGUUCCACAAUUGAAAUAUAUCGUCGCGGCGAGCAAUCGGGAAAAAAACGCCAGCAACAUGCAAUAAGUGCUGCACACUCCUCUUCGAUCCGUCACGUUGUUCGGGAGUCGUGUUGUUGCAUAUCGCAACCGGCCGGCGGAGUGCGGAAUCCAUCGGGUUGGCUGGCUGUGUUGUGGUCCGUCGUGCGGUGCCGUGGCGUGGCAGACAUUUACCGAAAGUGCCUCAAGAAAUGAUUUUCUCUUUCCCUUCUCCGGUCGAUCUACCAACAACGGACUGACGACGCCUUCUGACACAGUCACCAUUACUCUUCACCACCAGCAGCAACAGCUUCCAAGGGCGGCGGAAGAUGCAUGCGGUCGUGCAGAGGGCGCAAUCAAGCUCCAAUUUGCGACCAUAAAAAUGAUAAUCAGUGAUCAGUGAAGAACGCGUCCAAACACCGGGAGUAAUUAUGCCUUCCUAGAGGGGGGUUUCACGCGCGAAACAUACCUAUAAGCGAAUGUGCCAGCAGCGGAAUGAGAAGCGCCGGUGCAGAGUGUGGUGCAGUGAGUGUUGAAAAAUAUCGAAAUGAGUACCUGGGAAACACCGGAUUGAACAUCCGGAACGGUGGAACCGGUGCGAGAAAGUGAAAUCAGUGAGAGUGUGUGUUUGUUGGGCAAUUUAGGGAAAAAAUAUAGUUGGAAGAAAAUGUCGUUCUCGUCGAACGAUACGAUGCGACCGCUGGCCAUGCAGCGGUCCCAAUCGUUGCCGCAGCUUCACUCCAGGGAAGACUCCGGGGUGGGAUUGAGUGGGAGCGGUUCCUGCAGUGGGAUCAACAACAUGGCUUACGAAGCGUCUUCCGGACACCACCGGUCACACAAGCACCAUCGGCACCGGAAUGGUCCGGAGCUGAAGAUUCCCUACGGUGCCCGGUUGGUGGCCGAUCUGCGCCAGCUGAUGACCCUGCGACAGCACUACUAUCCGGAAGGCGGCUGGGGCUGGCUGCUGACUGUGAUCGGUUUUACGAUCCACUGCAUCUGCCACGGGCUGCAUCUGUCGGCGGGGGUGUUCAUGAUGGAGAUGGCCAGCAUCUUUCGGCAGCAACCAACGGCAGCAGGUUGGCUUGGGGCCCUCUCGACGGCGGUGGCCCUCUUCAUCUCGCCCAUCACCAUUGCGGUGUGCAAGCGGAAGUCUACACGUCUGACGGCGGUCAUCGGUGGACUGGUGACCGCGUUGGGCUGCCUCUUCACCUCGUUCGCCUCGCAGUUCCAUCAACUUUUCUUUAGUUAUGGCGCCGUCGUUGGAGUUGGAGUCGGCAUGACGCGGGACUGCUCAACGCUGAUGGUGGCCCAGUAUUUCAAGAGGCGGCGAGAAUUUGUGGAGAUAUUCAUCGUAUCCGGAAGUGGACUGGGGAUAGCGGUUAUGUCAACCUUCAUCAAAUCAGCAAUCGACGCCAUCGGAUGGCGACUGGGCUUGCAGGCUGUUACGGGGACUGUGUUCAUAACGUUCAUACUGGGAACGUGCUAUCGAAGUGCAUCUUUGUACCAUCCUCAGCGAAGAGCAAUUCUACACCUUAAGAAUCAAAAGCGAAAAAUCAAAGACAAGAACAAACAUGACGAUCGACCACCGUUUUUCGAUUUUAGUACGCUACGCAGUAAAACCGUACGGAUACUCCUGGUAUCCACGGGGAUAAGUGCUUUUGGAAUCAAUACUCCGAUCUUCUACCUGGCCCAUCAGGUCGCGCAGGACGGCAUCAGCGACAAGGUGAUGAUCCUCCAGGCCUACCUGGGGCUGGCGUGGACAUUGGGCUGCGCAGCGUUCGGAAUGCUAGUCGUUAGAAAUAGUGUCGAGUGUCGCAUAGCGCGACAGUAUUUGUGCCAAACCGCCACCUUCAUGUGUGGACUGUGCAUCCUGGCGUUGACGGCGGUGCACGGGAACUACCACGGAUACGUGAUGUUCGUGUGGAUCUAUGGGAUCUUCUGCGGAGGAUAUCACUACUCCUUGAAGAUGUACACCUACGAGAAGGUUCGGGCGAGAAACUUUGCCCGAGCCUGGGGAUUCGUGCAGUUUUCCCAAGCCAUACCCAUUGCGUUGGGGGUACCUCUGUCCGGAUACAUGAACGUCGGAGGAUCUGGGAAAGCCGGGUACUACUUCAGUUCUGCGUGUGCGCUGAUUGGAAGCUUGAUGAUGUUCCUCAUUGAUCUACAUCGAAGAAACGUCUCCCGGCACAAACAUACAAGGGCAAACGGAACACGCCAGCUGUGCGUAUCGGAAACAUGUCCCCAGCGACGGAAGCUCUCCUUCUCACAAGAACCAGACAACGAGCCGGGCAUCAUCACUGGCAACACCGCAAUGAUGAUAGGUCCGGAGUUGCUGAUACCGCAGCUGAGCGACGGAAUCGCCGAACCGGUAAACGGUCUCGACAAACCGGAACUGACCUGCAUUUCCGAGGAAGGUAUCGCCGACAUGGACCUGCCGGACAACCUGCUGGAUGAUCUGGAUUACGUUGGGGAUUGCAUUACAUCGUGUAAUAAGGUCGAAAACUACCUAAUGCUAAGCGAAUUCGAGAACAAUCUGAGUGCCGAAGUUCCUAUUUUGUUGGAUAAGCGAGGCCGAAAGCUGUCGUUGUCCAAAACGAAAGCUCUGCUCGCCAGCCAACUAAAUUUUCAACACCAUCCCGAUUGUGCCAUGGAACAGCAGAGCCACCUUCAAGGCCUUGGCCCAAUUUCGCCAAUCAUCGAACACGAUGAUACCUCAGAAAGGGAUCAGGGUAAUCAUCAUCACCAUCUUCAUCAGACUCAGCAGUCCGACGCCGGAGGCCUUGGGAAAAACUCGGCGAAAGGCGAUAAUCAUAGUAACGGCGGGAAACCCUGCCGUCUAAGUCACAAAUGGCGCCCAACACCACAAACUGGGACGUUUCUGAGCAACCGAGUUAUAUCUGUGAUCGACGAGGCAUCCGUGUAGAUAGCAAGGGUUUGUUAGAGUGUCGCAGGUUUUUCAUUAGGCUCCAUUUGUUAUAUCGUUUGUAUUCAAAUUUUGUUUUGAUAGGGUUAAAUUUAUUUAAUAAAUUUUAACACGAAAAAAAAUCUGGGACUGAAUAGGUUUAAAUCGUACCUGAUGUGAUUGAAAUUAGGAAAAGGCAUUUUCUAACACAUGUGGCAGAGAUUCAAAAAGUUAAUAACAAUACGCUUAGCUGAAUAUAUAAGAUGGAAGAGCGGAACGCGUUGAAGUAUGCUAUUCAAACCCUUGCUCGUCUAAUGCACGCACUGUAGAAUAAAAACUAUAAGUCGAUCAAUUUUGAACGAACAACUACCUACCAAAUUUGAACUAUCACUGCCUAACGAAACAGAAAGUCACUUAUUGCAUUUAAUGGCAAACCUCAAAUAAAAAAAUACUAUCCCUUUCUAAUCUCCAUUUCAUAUUACAUAUAGUAAAAAAAGUUUGAAAAAGAACGACCAUCAAUGAACUUGUAAAUACAUACAUGAAGUCAAUGAACAGAGUCCACGAAAAAAUAGCAUGAUGUUGCAGCCUUCUGAGCCAAAACGAUCGCUUGAAAAGCGUUUGGUACGUUCUCUGUUAACUGCAAAGCAUGAAGUGUAUAUUACUGUACAUUUUGAUCCUAAGUAGCAAGUGAAACUCAACGAUGAAACAAUAAAUUUCAGCUAUACAAAAAAAUUGAGUUCUGGUGGAACACGAUAUUUAGAGGAUAAUUGAUAUCCUUUAAUUUUUAAAAAGUGUUCUAUAUAAAUAUGUAAUUCAGAUAUACAUAUUUAUAAUUAUUUAUUACUAUACGAUAUACAGCCUAAAUUGUAUAACUCAUAAACAAGUAGCAAAAACUUAAAAAUAAAAACAAUAAAGUAGACAAGUGUUUAGUAAAACUUGACUGGCAAAUCUUC